CAGAGACGUGUCUCUAUUGAUGGGAUUGACUGGUUUGAGCUGAGUUGAGUCGCUGGACACCGGUGGAAAUCGGCUAAAAAAAUUUGGGUGGAGGGGAAUCCCGAUCAUGGCUACCUCGGGGAACCAGGUAGAACAGCUACGGCGCCGCAUCCAAGAGCUGGAGGAAGAGCUCAUCCGGGAGAGGGGAGGUAAUCGGGGCCUGCGCGCACGGAUCGCGGAGAUGAGUCCCGAGGUGACGGACUCCAAUCCGUACAGUCGCCUGAUGGCAUUGAAAAGAAUGGGAAUUGUGAAAGAUUAUGAGAAAAUCCGUUCAUUUGCCGUGGCAAUAGUGGGCAUUGGUGGAAUUGGCAGUGUGACUGCUGAAAUGCUGACAAGAUGUGGCAUUGGUAAGCUGCUCUUGUUUGAUUAUGACAAGGUGGAACUGGCGAAUAUGAAUAGGCUCUUUUUUCAACCCCAGCAAGCUGGACUGAGCAAAGUGAAAGCAGCAGAACACACUUUAAGGAAUAUUAAUCCUGAUGUCUGCUUUGAAGUACAUAAUUACAACAUCACCACUGUGGACAACUUUCAGCAUUUCAUGAAUAGGAUCAGUAAUGGUGGAUUAGAAGAAGGAAAAUCUGUGGAUCUUCUAUUAAGCUGUGUGGAUAACUUUGAAGCUCGUAUGGCAAUUAACACUGCUUGUAAUGAGAUUGGACAAAUAUGGAUGGAAUCAGGAGUAAGCGAAAAUGCUGUUUCUGGUCAUAUCCAGCUGAUCAUACCUGGUGAAUCAGCUUGUUUUGCAUGUGCACCUCCACUUGUCGUAGCUGCAAACAUAGAUGAGAAAACUCUGAAACGAGAGGGAGUUUGUGCAGCCAGUCUUCCCACCACUAUGGGAGUGGUUGCUGGUCUUCUUGUGCAAAAUGUCUUGAAAUAUUUAUUAAACUUUGGAAUUGUGAGCUUUUACCUCGGCUACAAUGCACUGCAGGAUUUCUUUCCUACCAUGACAAUGAAACCAAAUCCACAGUGUAGUGACCGAAAUUGCAGAAUGCAGCAAGAACAAUAUAAGAAAAAGGAGGCAGUGAAUCUAGAAGAAGAAUCAAUAGACCAGGAAGACGAAAUAGUUCAUGAAGACAAUGAUUGGGGUAUAGAGUUAGUUUCGGAGAUUUCAGAAGAAGAACUGAAAGAUGAUUCUAGUUCAGUUCCUGAUCUUCCAGAAGGAAUUAUGUUGGCUUACACAAUACCAAACAAGAAAGAGAAUAUCCCAGCUGAAGAAAUGGUUGAAGAAUCUGAAGAAAGUCUUGAAGAACUUAUUGCUAAAAUGAAGAAUAUAUAGAAUAAAGAAUGUGUCAAGGACCUGUUAAUUUUAGUGCUUUAUAGCUAUUUAAUGGUUUCUGACUAAAUUUGGCCUUUUAUAUAUUUAUCACUCUGUUUUGAUGAUACUGUGUUUCCCCGAAAAUAAGACAGGGUCUUUUGACCCACAAA